AAGCAAGGCAAGAUGGCUGACGCGACGCCCGCCCCCGCCCCUAAGAAGCUCACCAAGAAGGAGCUGCGCAUCCUGGAGCGCCAGAAAGCUGCUGCAGCUGCCGCUGGCCCCACACUCACCGACACAUACGGCGAGUUGCCGCUCAUCCAGUCGCAGGAGCGUCCCAAGAAGAACUACAAGUCUGUCGAGGACCUGAACCCGGAACUGCAGGGCGAGAGCUUCUGGGUGCGUGGCCACCUGCAGGCUGUGCGUGCCAAGUCGAAGAUCGCAUUCAUCACUCUGCGCGAGCAGACGGCCACGAUCCAGGGCAUCUUGCACGAGAGCGAUAAGGUCUCGCGUCCGAUGAUUAAGUUCGCGGCCGGUGUGUCCAAGGAAUCCGUCGUCGAUGUGUAUGUCACUCUCAGCGUGCCCGACAGCCCCGUUGUUAGCACGACACAGAAGGACGUGGAGCUGAAUGUCGAGAAGUUCUUCGUGGUCAGCAAGGCUCUGCCCGAAUUGCCCUUCCAGGUAGAAGACGCUGCCCGCCCCGACGCCCUCGUGAAGGCCGAAGGAUCCACCUACGUGAACGUGGGUCUGGAGACGCGUCUCAACUCGCGUCCGCUGGACCUGCGUACACCUGCCAACCAGUGUAUCAUGCGCAUCCAGGCCGCAGUGAGCCAGUUGUUCCGUGAAUUCCUCAUCCAGCGCAACUUCGUGGAGAUCCACACGCCCAAGCUGGUUGGUGGCGCCUCGGAGAGCGGAGCCAACUGCUUCACACUCAAGUACUUUGACCAGGACGCCGCCUUGGCUCAGAGUCCGCAGACGUACAAGCAGAUGGCGUGUGCUGUUGCUGGUCUCGAGCGUGUGUUCGAGAUCGGCCCGGUCUUCCGUGCUGAGAACUCGAACACGCACCGUCACAUGUGCGAGUUCGUGGGUCUGGAUCUGGAGAUGACUAUUAAGGAGCACUACCACGAGGUGCUGGAGGUGUUCUCUGACCUGUUCAUCUACAUUUUCGAUGGCUUGAAGGAACGUUACGCCAAGGAAUUGGCUACUAUUAACGAGCAGUACCCGUUCGAGCCGCUCAAGUACAACAAGCCGUCACUUAUCAUCAACUUCGAGGAAGGUGUCAAGAUGCUGAAGGAGGCUGGCGCUGACCAGGAGCCUGAAGACGAUCUGAGCACAGAGAACGAGAAGUGGCUGGGUCGUCUCGUCAAGGAGAAAUACGACACGGACUUCUACAUCCUCGACAAGUUCCCGCUGGCUGUGCGUCCAUUCUACACGAUGCCGGACCCGACGGACAAGCGUUGGAGCAACUCGUACGACAUGAUGAUCCGUGGCGAGGAGAUCGUCUCGGGUGCGCAACGUGUGCACGAUCCCAAGCUGCUGAUGGAGCGUAUGGACGAACUGGGUGUGCCUCAGGAGUCGAUGCGCAACUACAUCGACUCGUUCCGUCUUGGCGCUCUGCCCCACGGUGGCGGUGGUAUUGGUCUGGAGCGUGUGGUCAUGUUGUACUUGGGUCUGGGCAACAUCCGUAAGGCCUCCAUGUUCCCGCGUGACCCCAAGAGGUUGUUCCCGUAAGCGUCUCGUUGCUAGAAUGGCGUCGUAUUGUUUGUCGCGGGUUCAUUGAAUAAGGAUAAUGCAAAAACCAAGACAAGCUGAUACCAAACAA